UAAAGUACAUUAAAUUUUACUGUAAAUUGACCUAAAUAGCAAUUCUUUAAUCGUUGGGCUCUCAUUAUGCGUUUCAUGCUUAAUUUUACAUUUACAGUGUCCGAUUUUAAUUAAAGAUAUACGUGAUUACAUGAGAAAUAUUUGACUAAGGUAAGAAGUGCAAAAAUACUAAUUUUAGGAAGUUCAAAAAGUAAUCUUAGGAACAAAAGACAAUAAGUGAGGAGGUUGUGGAAAUAUAAAAGUGCAAGUGGAGUAUGAUGGAGAUAUAGAUAAGGUCGAGGAGUCAUGAAAUGGGACCAAUAAACUAAAGUAUCCAAAGACUAAGAGCAUGUACAACGCUGCUCCUUAGAGCAUUCCUUAAGAUAAAUCCUUAAGGUUUUGGAUUAAACAAACAUUAAAAAAACUGGAGGAACGAAGGAUUAAUCCUUCGUUAAGAGAACGAAGGAGCAAGUCCUUCAUGCGCUGGCAACAGCUGAUUGGUUCCGGUUUAGGGUUGGUUUGGUUAGGGGGUGGAAAUAACGCGAGCCGCGUCAUUUUAUCGUUUCAAGGAAAAAAAAAAGCAGAGUCGAGAGAGAGGCGAUAACAGAGGCGAUUCGCGAUCGACUUUCUUCAAGGUGAAUCCAAGCUUGUAGUUUAUUUUUUUUCCUUCUCUGGUUGAUGCAUGUCGAUUUCAUCACUAGAUAGGGUUCAAUUGUUUGGUUUUAAUAGCUUUAGGGUUUCAAAUCAGAUUUGGGAUUUCAAUCGAAAUUAGAGUUUUCUUCUGGGUUUAAAAUUUUCUUCUUUUUGAAUUCGCUUGUUUGUUGUUAACGACGCGAUUAAAGGUUAGUUAUUGGGAAUUUAUAUAGAUUUGUAGUUUUCUUCUCGGUUUGCUCUUGAUACUCAUCUUCUAUAUCCUCUUGUCUACCAUCUUUGCUGACCACUCUAGGUGUCUCUCUUUCUGUCUCUCGAUUUUAUUGGACUUUUUGGAUUUGCUUCUUAUCAUCACCGUUUAUGUUUCAUAUUGACUCGUCGUAUGUUUUGAACCCACUACCAGAGUUUAGGAAUGUUUUAGUUCUUGUCUUUGUUACGGAUUAUAAUUCUUAGUUUUGCUUGUUGUAGUCAUGUUUUACUUUUGCUUGUUGUAUGUAUUGCUCGAACACUGAUUAUCUUUGUGAUUGUUGUUGUGUAUCUUCGCUUACUUGAUUUUUUAUUUCAGUUUUAAGAAACAUGGGCCAAGACUAUAGCUACACCCAGCCUUCAUCAUCAGAUGAGUUUGAUAAUACAUCACUUUUUCUUGCGGAAGCCGCUAUGUACGCCGAUGAAGCUGAGAGUAGCUACAACCGUGCUCAGCCGGUUCACUACCCACCUCAGCCGGUUCAGAACUUCUGCGGAGGACAUGCUACUGCGGAGGAGAUGCUUGACUUUCAGACACAGCUGAGGCUGCUUAAGGAUCAAGUUAAUGAGACUCACCAGAACCUGGGUAAGCUGGAGAAGACCGUGUGUGAUGAGUUAUCGCAGAAGAAAGCGUUGGUUACAAAAUGCUUUGCAUUGGUAGUUUGUCUUCUGUUCUGCGUUUUGGUGUUAAUUCUUGGAGGAAGAGCUUUGAAGGAUUACAAGAAGAGUAUCUGACCUCGACACUGUCUUUAAGGUUCAACAGUAGGACAUGUGAACCAAGUCACGGGUGAAUUUGGAGUUGUGAAACCAAGUCACGGGUUUGCUUUGUUUCCAUCACUUCUUCCUUCACUUCUAUAAAUUUGUGUCUCGUUUGCUUUGUUUCCAUCACUUCUUCCUUCCUUCCUUUAAUUUCCGUUUGCUACUACUCUUGACAAGAAGGUGUAAUCUUGUUGCUACCAAGUUGUUGUAUUCACUAGCUUCUGUUUUAAUUAGGUAACUCUAUCUCUUAACGACUUCUUGUAAUAUAUUUGACUUGCUUAAGUUGAUGUAAUGUAACUUGCUUCUGCAUUAAGACUCAUUUAUAUUCGGAUAGCUUCAUUUGAUGAAACAAUCAUGUAGUAAUUGUUUUAAAGAAACGGAUCACUUCAUUUGAUGAAACAAUCAUGUAGUAAUUGUUUUAAAGAAACGGAUCACAUCAUUUAACAUGAAUCGCAAUCUAACAAGAAAAACAUGAAAACGGAUCACUUCAUUUUGCAUAAUUAUUACCGAUCAUAGUCUAUAUAAAAUAUAUUUGAGUGUUUAAAAAAUUUAAAAAAUUUGUUAAAUGAUAAUUUUAGAAUUUUAGAAUUUGAGUACUCUCCUAAUAGUUGAUAAUUUUAGAAAUUUACAAGAAUUUCUUGGACCAACCACUUUGAGAUUACAAGAAUUUUACAAAAAAAUUUAAAAAAAAUUAGUGGCAAGUCUUUUUAAAGGUUGUACAUAAUUUUAUUAUUUUCCGAACCAGGAUAUCUAGAUAUGUCAUCAUCGAGUUCAUCCGAUGAAGUCGAUGAAAGAUUAGACGAAAUUUGCGACGAAUACUUGGAAGAAACAUACAACGACAUAGUGGAGGCCCAAAGCAGACCGCAAAGGAGACGUGCUUAUGUAGAACGAAACCGUGAAACAGGACAAGACCGCUUAUGGAAUGACUAUUUCAGCGAAGAUGCGACAUUCUCGUCUCAAUUAUUCAGACGCCGUUUCCGCAUGAAUAAGAGAUUAUUCUUGCGUCUUGUUCAUGGUCUAUCAGAGCGCUUUCCAUUUUUUCAGCAAAGAAGAGAUGCGACCGGGAGGUGGGGUCUUACUGCACUUCAAAAAUGUACUGCAGCUAUUCGUCUGCUUGCUUAUGGUACUGCGGCUGACACCGUUGACGAAUAUCUCCGACUUGGUGAGACCACUGCACUUUCAUGUUUACAUAAUUUCACUGACGGAAUAAUACAAUUAUUCGGAAUUGAGUAUCUACGACGACCCACACCGGAGGAUCUUCAACGACUACUCGAUAUUGGAGAGGCACGAGGGUUUCCUGGGAUGGUCGGGAGCAUUGACUGUAUGCAUUGGGAGUGGAAAAAUUGCCCAACCGCUUGGAAAGGUCAGUACACACGUGGAUCAGGAAAACCGACAAUUGUCUUAGAGGCUGUAGCUUCACAAGAUCUUUGGAUAUGGCACGCUUUUUUUGGUCCUCCAGGUACCUUAAAUGAUAUCAAUGUCCUCGAUCGGUCUCCUGUUUUUGAUGACAUUUUACAAGGUCGAGCUCCCAGGGUAAAGUAUGUGGUCAACGGACACAUGUAUAAGUUGGCGUACUAUCUGACAGACGGUAUAUAUCCAAAAUGGUCAACAUUUAUCCAAUCUAUCACCCUCCCUCAAAGUCCUCAACAACAGUUAUUUGCUAAAGUCCAAGAAGCAACCCGAAAAGAUGUGGAGCGGGCUUUUGGAGUAUUGCAAGCUCGAUUUGCGAUUGUGAGAAACCCGGUAAAAACUUUGGAAAAUGAAAAGAUAGGGAAGAUUAUGAGAGCAUGUAUCAUACUCCACAAUAUGAUAGUCGAAGAUGAACGGGAUGGAUACUCUCGUAUUGAUAUAUCUGAAUUUGAAGAAGGAGACGUCCCCAGAUGUUCAGAGGUGGAAACGGAGAGGCCAACAAAUCUGAAUAAUAUCUUUCCGAGUCGGAAUGAUCUUCGUGAUAGGCAAAUGCAUGAACAAUUGAAAAAUGAUUUAAUUCAAAAUAUUUGGAAUAAAUUUGGUGAUGAAGAUUAGGAAUUAUUCUAUCUUUAUGUAAAAUUAUUUUUUUUUCUUUACUUGUUGUAUUUUUAUGUUUAAUUAAUGUAUUUUAUGUUUAAUUAUUGUAUUUUAUGUUUAUUUAUUGUAUUUUAUGUUAAGUUAUUGUAUUUAAUCAUCUAAUAUAUAAAAUUUAUAUUUCACUAAACCAAAAAAAAAAAAAAAUAACCUAAGGAUUCCAACUUAGGGAUCACCAUUGUACACACAUUUCUCAACAAGAAUCCUUAACUAUUAAGAAAAAAAAAAAAAACUAUUAUUCUAAUCCUAAGGACUCCACAAUGAGUACCACCAUUGUGGAUGCUCUAAAGAGCCGUGAAAUAAUCACAAGGUAACAUAUUUUCUUGUUUAUUUUCUUUUGACAACGCUUCCCCCAGAUGAAUAGAAAAAAAUAAAUAAAAUAAAAAUAAACUUUUACUUGGAAAAACGGAAAAAAUAAAAUAUUUUUUUUUGUUCAUUUAAUUUUUCAUCAGAAUUGUCAGAAAAUUUUUUUCUUUAUAAAUUCAUUCCUUUAUAAAAAAUUUCCGAAGAAAUGAUGUUAAUACUUUAACCAAAAAAUUAAUUUAAAUGGGCAAAAAAAAUGAUAUAAAUUUUAAGAAACAAAGAAUUUACCGUAAUUUUAUUUUAAUAUAGUCAUCAAUUAGAACCAAAUGCAAUGAAGCUUCAUCAAAUUCAAAAUACCUAAUUUUCACUUUUCCAUAGCCACAAUAACUAACUGCCUUCGCAAACUACUUGUAGUUUCUUUUCAGUCUUUUCUAUAAUGAAUCAUGACGACUCCAAGAUUUCAUGCAGUCACCCAUUCAUUCCAAAUCAAAAUUAACUUGAUUAACAAAGAAAUUUAUCAUUAUUUUUUUUCAAAGUUGCAGCCUUGUAGAUUUUGUCAUCUUUUAUCCAAACUCUGGAUGUGAGAUGAUGCAUAGAAACUAAACACAUAUUUAAGGUGUUAAUAACUAGAUUAUAUCCUCAUCUUUAAUUGGAAACGUAAGAAAAACACAAAUCUAUUAUCAUUCACAAAUGUCCAAAAGCAUGGGAAGUUGUCCCGAUAUGGGCAGCCACACUGGGACCCACAAUGAAGGUGAAAGAUACUGAGUGAGACGGACACGUGGGCCGUCAGAAGUUGCCAUCACAUGACUCGGUUUUACCAUAGAUCACAAGUAUAAUCUAAUUUUCAAUCUCAUUACCAAAGAGAAUCUUACGCAAUUCCACAAAAAACUAAUAUAAUAUAAUAUAUAGUUACAGCAUCAAAAGAAAAGAUAACCAAAGGAGAAUCGAGAUUCUUCCAUUCCACAUGGUGCUUACAGAUUGCAAUGUUUUAGAUCGCUCCACAAGCCAUCCGUUGACUUCAAAAGCAAAUGGUUUAAAUAGCCCAAAUUCACGCACCCACUAUAAGAAUUUUUUUGUUUUUGCAUUUGUUUCUCCAAUUUAAGUUAUAGGAAAAUGGACUUCUAAACCCAAGCCCAUGUGCUAUUAUCAUAUCUACGACAAUGGCCCAUUUUUUAUUAAGUGUCAUUGACCGAGGAAACCUAUAUAAUAACUUACUUGGUAAUAAUCCGCGCAUUGAACAAAAUGUGAUAAUUAGUUUUAUUAUUUUUUAAUAAAAAGAUAUUAAUCUGUUUAAUUUGGAUAUCGGUUCGGUUUUAAAUUAUUUUUUAGUUUUUAAUCUCCUAAAAUAUAACUAUCAUUUUAAUCAAUAUUUAUUUAGUUUGUUCGGUUAAAAUGUUUGAUGUUUUUGUUUUUUUUUUCCUGUAAUAAUCAAUUAUUAUUAUUUGUUUGUUUUCAUGUUAUGAAUCUUAGAUAGUCGCAAUGUCGAACCAAUGAUUUCAUAUUAUAGUUUCAAAACGAAUAAUAGUUAAAAAAAAAGAAAAACAAAAUUAUUAAAACAAAUCAUUUUACUACAGUUUGGUCGAUAGUGAAAGACGAAU